AUGCACUUCCAAUCGCGCGUAUCCACAACCACCGUUCACGAACUCCUCUUCGCCGACGACUGCGCCCUAAACACCACCUCGGAAGAGGAGAUGCAACGUAGCAUGGACCUGUUCUCCGCCGCCUGCGAGAGCUUCCGUCUGGUCAUCAACACACAGAAGACGGUGGUGAUGCACCAACCGCCACCCAACUCAGCCACAGUCCCCAACGCGCCGCCGCAAAUCAGCGUGAACGGAACCCAACUGCAGGUGGUGGAGAACUUCCCGUACCUGGGCAGUACUCUCUCCCGCAACACCAAGAUCGAUGACGAAGUCGCCAACAGGAUCUCGAAAGCCAGUCAAGCCUUCGGUCGCCUCCAAAGCACAGUUUGGAAUCGCCACGGUCUUCAGCUGAGCACGAAGCUGAAGAUGUACAAGGCCGUCAUCCUGCCGACACUACUGUAUGGAGCGGAGACUUGGACGGUGUACGCAAAGCAGGCAUAGCGUCUGAACCACUUCCACCUCAGUUGUCUUCGUCGCAUCCUGAGACUGAACUGGCAGAAUCGAAUCCCCGACAAUGAUGUGCCGGAACGGACGGGAAUCCUCAGCAUCUACGCCAUACUGAGGCAAAUUCAGCUGCGCUGGAGCGGCCACCUGGUGCGCAUGGACGACGAGCGACUAACCAAACGACUCUUCUACGGAGACGUUGCGACGGGUUCUCGCCGUCAAGGAGGCCAGAUUCGCCGUUACAAGGAUACCCUGAAGUCCUCCCUGAAAUGCCUGCAAAUCAACCCCACCAAUUGGGAGGAGUUCGCACUCGAUCGAUCGACCUAA